AAGUCUACUUCCGUUCCACAGGCGAUAUAGUAUGAGUAUGGUUUAUUUUUUUCCUUGCUAAUACUAAUCAGAAGCAGACGUCUGUGGUUUUUCUCGGAAUGCCGAUAAACGGAUUGGUUUGCCCUAUCGUGAUUGUGUCCUUGUGCAAGACACUUAGCCCUAAUUUAUCUGGAUGGUAUACGACGGGCCUCCCGUAUGUUGCUCAGUGAGGUAGCCACCAGCUACUACAAGAAUACUCCGCCCCAAAAUAACCCUAACAAACACAAAACUCCAUCCAUCCAUCCAUCCAUCCAUCCAUCUUACCUCUGAGUUUUUUUGUUUUUGUUUUGUUUUAUUUUUCUUUAUUUUAUGGUAGAUGUUAAUAUAAUGUACUUGUUAUUGAUGACAUGAUUCCUGCUGUACAGUUUCCGAUACGUCAGAUGUCUUGAGGGUUACUGGACAGAAGCGACCUCACUCCGGAACUAUUCACAAGACUCCGAACUCGUAUCUACGACAGCCUUUACCCUUUUUAACUGUAUGAUACAAUGCCUAAUGACGGACGGAUGCCAUUCUAUUUCCUAUAUAGCGGUCACUUCCAUUUGUGUACGUCACAGAAAAUGGCUGGAACGACAACCGCAGAACUCCUCUUCUGCCUGGAGUCUAAUACAAACCUCAGGGAAAGAUGCCGGCUGUCCACUCGGAUGGCACAGGUUUGAAACAUCAUGUUUCCUCAUUGCCGACGUAGCUAUGAACUGGACAGAAUCUGUGACAUACUGUCAGAAAUGGGACGCCAGGCUGGCCGAGGUGGAAAAUGAACUGAAGGCAACAUUUCUUCUGGAAAUCGCAGUGUGUAGACCAGGCAAAGCUGCCCGUGAUAUGUUCUUCCGAGUCCUUUCUGCCGAAGAACCAUCUAUUCGGAUUCUGACAUACGCUCCAGGUGCUGUUGACACAGACAUGAUGCGAGACAUGGAAGCAAAUGUAUCCUCAGCAUCAUUACGUAAAGCGCUAAACGGCCUACGUGAGGACGGCAAGUUGCUUACACCGGAGGAAUCUGUAGCCGACCUGAUACAGGUACUGGAGGACAACACCUUUGAUAACGCUGAAUACGUGAACAACUAUAUUAAGAAAUCCUAACCAUAUACUGACAAAUAUGUAUAGCAGUAAUCCGAAGAUCCGCUGAGCUUAUGUCGUGGCGCGGCGUCCCUUGUCCGUCAACUUUUCGUAAAUACCGCUUCUUGUCAUGCAGUAUUGAGCGCAUUUCGACCAAAUUUGGUCUUAAGCA